AUGUUACGAAUUGAAUUAUCAUCGACAGGUGAUACCAAUUCGCUUGCCAAACAACAUAUAGAUCAGAUGGAUUCACUUCAAACAACAUAUUUAUCAAAAAUGUUGUCGAAUCUAUCUUCAAAUGAUGUUCGAACCAAAAUGGUGUCAUCCAUUAAAACGCUUGACAAGUUAUCAAUUGAUGAGUUGUACGAAUAUUUGCUUCGACUUGACUUGAACUCGAAAUCAUUAGCAGAACGAUUGAAAAAUGAACGCGUCUCUGGCGCUGAUUUAGUGAAUUUUAAUGAAGAUGAUUAUAAAAAUUGUUCUAUUACAUAUGGAGAAAAGAAAAAGCUUCAACUUCUCAUUGAACAAAAACAAACUAAUUUGAAUGCUCAGCUGGUUGUGCCAAUUUCUAAUGCAUCUGAUUCAACACAAAUGCAAAGUGAAAUAAAUCGCUUGAAAGCCAUUAUACAGGAACAAGAACAACAGAUUCAAGAGAAAAAUGCAUCUGUUCAACAGCUUGAAGAUAUUACCGAAAAACAAGAACAACAAACACAGUUACAAGAUGCAAUAAUAAAACAAUUACAAGAGGCACUUAAAACGCAGAGUGAAGAAAUGCAGGUGUUAAUAGACUUGUCACAGGAACAUCGUUCUCUUGUUCUAUCUUCACAAAAUUCCUCUGCUAAAUAG